CUCUCUUUUUGUUAGUGAGUUUUCUUCUGGGGACUACGCUCUUGCUAUUAUUCUGGACUGAGAGAAUAUUCUAUUGCUGCUAUGGAUUCAGACCCUUCCACCGAUUAUGUGACAGGAGAAAGUGUCAUCUCUAGAGAAAAUGUAGCUGUCAACAGAAUCAGAACUGAGGAAGAACAGGAGAUUGGUAGCAAUAAGCGUUCCAUUAUUUGGAAGAGCUCUGGAGGGUGGAAAGCUGCAAGCAUCUUGCUAGCAAAUCAAUGCCUGGCUACACUAGCUUUCUUUGGAGUUGGUGUGAAUUUGGUUCUGUUCGUAACAAGAGUUCUUGGUCAAAGUAAUGCUGAUGCUGCCAAUAGUGUCAGCAAGUGGACUGGCACAGUUUAUCUGUGCUCACUCAUUGGAGCUUUCCUCAGUGAUUCAUACUGGGGCAGAUACUUGACCUGUGCAGUCUUUCAGUUAAUAUUCGUUUCGGGGUUGGCGCUAGUAUCGGUAUCAUCUUGUUAUUUCUUGAUCAAACCAGAUGGAUGUGGUGAUGGAGAAUUAGCCUGUGAGCCAACAUCGUCGAUGGGAGUGGCUAUUUUUUACUUGGCUAUAUAUUUAGUUGCCUUUGGAUAUGGUGGACAUCAACCUUCUUUAGCCACAUUUGGAGCAGACCAAUUUGACGAGUCGAAACCGAAAGAAAAAAAUUACAAGGCAGCUUACUUUUGCUAUUUCUAUUUUGCACUCAACUUUGGAUCUCUAUUCUCAAACACUAUUUUGGUGUAUUUUGAGGAUCAUGGAAAAUGGACACUAGGUUUCCUGGUGUCAUUAGGCUCUGCAGUUUUAGCCUUGGUAUUAUUCUUGUUUGGGACACCUGGUUACCAGUAUGUGAAACCUUGCGGCAAUCCUUUGCCGCGAGUUGCUCAGGUGUUUGUGGCUGCAGUUAAGAAAUGGGAUGUUAUCCCGGCGAAAGCUGAUGAACUUUAUGAAGUGGAAGGACCAGAAUCUACUAUCAAAGGGAGCAGAAAGAUUCUUCAUAGUGAUGAUUUUGAGUUUUUGGACAAGGCAGCAACAGUAACAGAGGAUGAUCUAAGUCAACAAAAGAAUCCAUGGAGGCUUUGCACAAUAAGUCAAGUAGAGGAAGCUAAAUGUGUUCUUAAAAUGUUACCUAUUUGGCUAUGCACUAUAAUUUACUCUGUUGUUUUCACACAAAUGGCCUCCCUCUUUGUUGAGCAAGGAGAUGUCAUGAACUCCUAUGCUGGAAAGUUUCACCUGCCAGCAGCUAGCAUGUCUGCCUUUGAUAUCUGCAGUGUCCUUGUUUGCACUGGGAUUUAUCGCCAAAUCCUCGUGCCAUUAGCUGGAAGGUUAAGUGGUAAUACCAAGGGGUUAACUGAGCUUCAGAGAAUGGGAAUCGGACUCAUCAUUGGGAUGCUAGCAAUGUUCGCCGCAGGGGCUACCGAGAUUGAAAGGCUCAAGCAUGUUCCUGAAGGGAAAAAAGUUAGCUCACUAAGCAUAUUUUGGCAAAUUCCACAAUACGUUCUUGUCGGUGCAUCUGAGGUUUUCAUGUAUGUAGGCCAGUUGGAGUUCUUUAACGGGCAAGCACCAGACGGGAUUAAAAGUUUUGGAAGCUCACUUUGCAUGGCUUCAAUCUCCCUUGGCAACUAUGUCAGCAGCAUGCUAGUCAGCAUGGUGAUGAAGAUUACAGCUAAAGGUGACAAGCCUGGAUGGAUUCCAGAUGACUUGAACACAGGCCACAUGGACAGGUUCUACUUCCUGAUUGCAGUCUUAACAGCCUUUGAUUUUGUGAUUUACUUGUUCUGUGCCAACUGGUACACGCCUAUCAACAUUGAUGACAGUCACGAAGGAAUUGGGAUGGAAAAGCAAGAAGAUGAUGCGCUUGCAAGAGUUUAAUUAAUUAGCUAGACCUUAACUGGAACCAAAACAGGAGGCUAAGAUCCCUCUCUCAAUGGCCACAGCACCAUCAGCUUGUUGGCUAUUGCUAGCUUUCACUUUCCUUUCUAAAGUACUUUAGGAUGACUCGUUUCCACAAGAAGAAAACAUGACCUUUGCUUGUUGAGGAAUGAUUGCUUUCUUCUUCUGGUGCUAGGAUUUGGUAAUAUUUAUUAUAAAUAAGUUUGGCAGAUCUUGAU